CCGUGAUGAACAGACGCCAUGUUUGUUAGGCUAACGGGAUGAUUAGAUUUCCUUGCGGAGGUUUAUCUUCACCUCAUCAGAGAUGUUACCAGUUUUUGAGGGAUGUGUCGUUCGGGAAUCAGGAGACGGGAAGAGCCGAUUCCCCUCGGGGAGAAGAACCGACUCUACUCAGGAUGAGCUGACUUUUUAGCCGCUCAGGCUGCUCCGCUGUACAGAGUCCAGACUUUAUUUUGAUGGACACGCUAUGAGGCCAUUCACAUGCAGGACAGACUAGGAAGAGUGCAGACGCCCUGAGUCUGCGGGUGCAGCUGUACAGACCAGGGACACACCACAGACAGUAUAAAGAUGGACAACGGAGCACUUAUUCAACUGUGAGGCCAAAGCAAGUAGAGCUCCCCCUGGUGUCUGGCUGCAGUAUAGGUCACAAUCUCCACCCCUUCCAUAUUAGUGGAUGUGUCUAGGACCAAACUAAAACACUAAAACGCACGUCAAUUUUUUUUUUUUUUUUUUUUUUUUUCAAGGAUGGAUUGUCAUUUUAGGUAGUUAAUAUUUCCUUUCAGCGGUAGCAUCUGGUAUUUCCAAAUGCCAACCAAUGCCUUUAUGCCGAGGGUCAUAAUUUUAAGACUUUGGCCUUUAUUUAUUUGAUUUGUUUGCUGGAGUUGCUGUGUCUAUGUUGAGUUGUUCAUUUAAAAUUUGAUUAAAUAAAACUUUUCCUGUAACAGUGAGUUACAAAAUUGCAAAAUUAGGCUAAAAUAGGAAGCUCUGAGGAGCAAUUUGAGAGUCUUAAGAGCUCUUCUGAGGGAGCCGAGCCAAAAGGGACGACUCUUUGAAAAGAGUGGACUUCCCAUUAUUACUUUGAACGUGAUAGAAACAGAAACUCUCUUCCAUAACCAACGGGAGCCAAAACCCAAAGUGAGCUGCUUGCAGAAAAGCUCGGGUUGCUCAACAUUGACAAAUUAAAGGGAAACAUGGCUUUUCCUCAAGUGUUGAGCUGUCCUGCUGUUCCACUUUCCAAUGGUCUGCAGAUUCCAAUACUUGGAUUAGGCACAUCGUAUCAUGGCGGAUACUCCCAUGAUGGCGUUGUGUACGCCCUCACUGAAUGCGGAAUACGCCACAUUGACACAGCAAAGCGUUACGGCUGUGAGGAGAUGCUGGGUAAAGCCAUCAAAGAAAGUGGGCUACCCCGAAGUGAUCUGUGGAUCACCAAUAAGCUGUGGCCCGGGGACUACGGAUACAGAGCUGCAAAAAAGGCCUGCCUCGACUCCUGCGCAGAGAUGGGGCUGGAAUAUUUCGAUCUGUACCUGAUGCACUGGCCAGAGUCUUUAAGACCUGGUCGUUCCAACAGGGAGAUGAGAGCCGAGACCUGGAGAGCUUUGGAGGAACUUUAUAACGAAGGGGUUUGCCGUGCUAUUGGGGUGAGCAACUUUCUGGUCCACCACCUGGACCAGCUGAAGGAAGACUGUAGUGUGGUGCCACAUGUUAACCAGGUGGAGUACCAUCCUUUCCAGCAACCCUAUCACCUCAUAGAAUACUGUCGCCAGGAGGGGAUUGUGUUUGAAGGCUACAGUCCGUUGGCCAAGGGUCAAGUCCUCAGCAAUCCCACGGUUUGCCGGAUAGCAGAAAAGCACAAACGCACACCAGCUCAGAUCUGCAUCCGCUGGAGUGUUCAGAACGGAGUCGUUACAAUUCCAAAGUCCACCAAAAAGGAGCGCGUCUUGGAAAACUGCCGGGUGUUUGAGUUCGAGCUGGACAAGGAAGACAUAGACAGUAUAAAGAAGCUGCACGAUGGGAGACACGUGUCUUGGGAUCCAACAAACGUGGAGUAACACAAGGCGUUUGCAGAAAUAAAAAUCGCCAUUUGAGCUUUAUAGGUACUGGUUAAUUCACUUUCUUCCUCUGGAGAGAGACACAUUUGCCAUUUCAACACUUACCUGCAGCUGCCCCCCAACCUCUACACGUCUGCAAGGGUCAGCCUCAUCAUCUAAGAACAGUAAGACCAUCAUGUGAAAACACUACGAUAUGGGGAGUAUGAGAGUAUGCAGUAAGUUGGUUAGUGUACUUACUCUUGUUAUCACAUCUCCGAGCCAGGGCUGAAGACUUUAAAGCACCACAGUGGGAAGAGUCUGGUGCUCGAGUGCUUCCUGUGGAUUCACACAAAUGAAAAACAGGCCAUGGUACACAGGUCUCACCCUCGAGGUAAGACAGGGCUCGAACAACAACUCAAGGCGCAACUGGCGCCAAGUUAACUAAGUCAGUUCAAGAGGAUUUGUCUUGUUCAGUCUUGGUUGUGUUUUGCUGGCAGCCUUUCAUCAUUUGGCUUCCUUUGGUGUUUCUUCUUCUGCGCACACCAGUUGCAAACAAACUCCAACCAGCAGAAAGAUAACUGGGCAGCAGGGUCAUCUUGUUACAAACUGACCCUCAGUCUUUUCCCUAUCAUGCUAAUAUGGAAGAGGUUUGUCAGGUCCAAUCUAUCAGGUUCAGUUCGUUGAAAGGGCUACUCUUUGGAAAUGCUCUCUGCAGUUUAAUUCAUCUUUCUAGAUUUCUUCCUUAAAAAGUCAACCUGUAUUUCUAGUCAUUUACAGAAAUGCUCAUGCAAUUCUUAAUUUAACUGAAUUAACUUGUGUUUCUCAAGUUUUAAAGAACAACUGUUGACCUGAAGCAAAAAUCUGAUCUGAUCUCUGUGGGAAUGGGUGCCAAUAAAAACUUAAUACAAAGAACUGAUAACUGGGUGCAGCUGGACAACACUGAUACCAUCUGUCAUCUUUACUCAAUUGUUGGCUUAAUUAGAUCAACCAAAGGGUUUUGGCCAACUAGUCCCUGCAGUUACACAUCCCACCAAAAUAAUAAGGCACAAGGAUGAAGCUUACAUGGGAAGAAUGAUAAAGUGCUUUCUGAAGAUUUGCAACUCCACAGAUGCAAAGUGAGUUUUAUCUAUGGGGGAAGGUAUGUAACAGUAGCAAACCCUCAAAACUUCCCCAAAGAGGAUGGAAACAAGACAGAAAACAUCAGAGACAUUUCAGGUGCCUCCCACCUCAAUUCAUGUAUCUGUAAAACUAAAGCAGUUCUGGAAAGAGGAGCGAGUCAGUCCCACCAUAGUGAUGUCACAGUCAUUUAAAACUUGUAUUUUUGUUUUGUUUCAUGUUUUUUAAAUUAUGCA